AUGGCACUCAUUUCGUACAUGAAUCUCGCCAUCCUAUGGGCAUUGGCAUGCCUGGGCGGCCUUUCGGUUGUCGUGAUCUAUCGCUUGUUCUUUCACCCCCUCUCGAAGAUCCCUGGACCCAAACUUGCAGCGAUCUCGCGCCUUUAUGACUUCUAUUAUGAUUGCAUUCAGGGAGGAAAAUUCGUCUUCAAGAUUGAAGAACUCCAUAAACAAUAUGGACCCAUUGUUCGGAUAGGACCCAACGAGGUCCAUAUCCAUGACCCGGAUUUUUUCGAUGAGUUCUACAAUGUGACUAGCCGUCUCGAUAAAGACGCAUGGUACUAUGCUUUCGUUGGGUCGAAAGAUGCUGGCUUUGGUACCGCCAAUGUCGACCUCCAUCGCGCCAGGCGAAAAGCAAUGAGUCGAUUCUUUGCAGCCUCAGCCAUCUCAAACCUGGAAUCAUCUUCGCGAGAAAAAGUAUGCAAGCUCUGCCAACGCCUGAGGAAUAUGCGUGACGAAGGCAAGCCCGUCAAUCUUUCCAAUGCCUUUCGCUGCCUCGCCGCCGACUCUGUCACCAAUUACUGCAUGCCGAAAGCCUUCAAUCUGCUUGAUUCAAUUGACUUCGCAGAUGACUACAACCGGCAGGCUCGUGUCAUCUCCCACAUUGCCGCGUGGCAUCGUCACAUUCCAAUCAUCAUCCCUAUAUUCAUGCGGAUGCCCAGAUGGCUUGUUGCAGCUACCUCCACUGAAGGGGGAGUAAUGGCAUUUGACUUCCAGACGGAUUUGGCGCGACAGGCGGCGGAUGCCGUUCAUGCCGAGAAGCGAAGCGACAAAUCCGUGCUUGAUGGAAUCAUCAACUCAGACGCUAUUCCAGAGAGCGACAAGACCGUCGAUAGGAUAACCCAAGAAGCGCGGACACUGGUUGGUGCUGGAAGCGAGACCACAGGAAAUACUUUGGAGACUAUUACAUUCCACGUUCUCGCCAACCCGGAAAAGCUUCGACGACUGAAGGAAGAAUUGGCCCGUGCAGUUGAGUCGUCCAAGGGUACGGAAGAUCCUUUGACUAACUACAGCACGCUGCAACGCCUGCCUUACCUCACUGCCGUCAUCAAUGAGGGGCUGCGAAUUGCAUGCAGUGUCUCAGGCCGACUUGCGAGAGUGAAUCCUCGACAAGCGUAUACCUACGGAUCGUACGUGUUGCCGCCAGGCACAGUCAUCAGCAUGGCCAUCCGAAGCAAUCAUACCUUUGAGCAAGUGUAUCCCGAACCACUGUCGUUCAAGCCAGAACGGUGGCUGGUGGAGGGGGAGGAGCUGAAAAGGCUAGAGAAAUACUUUGUCCCUUUCGGACGUGGAGGAAGGAGCUGUAUCGGCAAAGAGCUGGCAAUCAUGAAUCUUUAUCUGACCAUUGCAAGUUUUUUUCAUCAGUUCGAUGCUGAACUUUUUGAGACGACGCGGAAGGAUAUUGAGAUUGAGCACGACUACUUUUCUCCAUUUCCGGCUGUCGACUCGAAGGGCUUGCGGGUCAUGCUCAAGUAG